AGCUAUUAAACAUCGGCCGAUUUUGUCCCACGUUACGGAAAACUAGCCGAUUGGAUUCAUAUAAAGAGCUUCGAUGCACCAAAGCCCAAGUGUACUAGACAGUUAGCGUUGUCGAGAAACCCUUACAGCUGAAGAUAUGAACAGUCGACUGCAAGAGAUCCGCGAGCGACAAAAACUUAGACGGCAGCUUUUAGCUCAACAGCUGGGAGCCGAAAGCGCAGACAGCAUCGGAGCUGUUCUAAAUAGUAAAGAUGAACUGAAGGAGAUAGAGGAGACGAGAGAAACAUGCAGGUCUUCUUUUGACAGUUCAGCUGCACCCUCCAAAAGGAAAGCACAGGAAGGAGAUGACACGGAGGAAGAUGUGGAAGAACAUAAGGAGGAGGUGGAGGUGCCACAGGUGGAUCAAAGCAACCCAUUUGAAGAAGUGUACAAGGACUCAAGCACAUUUCUUAAGGGUACCCAGAGUUUGAACCCCCACAAUGACUACUGUCAGCACUUUGUUGACACAGGGCACAGGCCACAAAACUUCAUCAGAGAUGUCGGCUUGGCGGACCGGUUUGAAGAAUACCCUAAGCUUCGAGAGCUGAUCAGACUGAAGGACGAGCUCAUCUCCACCACCAACACCCCUCCAAUGUACCUCCAGGCUGAUCCAAUGCACUUUGACCUGCAGGAUUUGAAGUGUGAGUUUGACGUCAUUCUGCUUGAGCCUCCCUUAGAGGAAUACUACAGAGAAUCGGGCAUCAGCCACACUGAACGUUUCUGGACAUGGGAUGAUAUCAUGAAACUGGAAAUUGAGGAGAUAUCAUCUCUUCGUUCCUUUGUCUUUCUCUGGUGCGGCUCUGGCGAAGGCCUGGACUUGGGCAGAAUGUGUUUGAGGAAGUGGGGCUUUAGACGGUGUGAGGAUAUCUGCUGGAUCAAGACCAACAAGAACAACCCAGGCAAGACCAAGGCACUGGAUCCCAAAGCAGUAUUCCAAAGGACCAAGGAGCACUGCCUGAUGGGAAUCAAGGGCACGGUGCGUAGGAGCACUGACGGGGACUUCAUCCAUGCUAACGUGGACAUUGACUUGAUCAUCACCGAGGAGCCCGAGAUGGGAAAUGUAGAGAAGCCUGUUGAGAUCUUCCACAUAAUUGAGCACUUCUGUUUGGGCCGCAGGAGGUUGCACCUGUUUGGACGAGACUCGACCAUCAGACCGGGCUGGCUGACCGUGGGUCCUACUUUGACCAACAGUAACUUCAACCCAGAGACCUACGCCUCGCAUUUUGUCAAUUCCCACCUGUCUGGCUGCACAGAGGAUAUAGAGAGGCUGCGGCCUAAGUCCCCCCCUUCUAAGCUGAAGUCCGAACGUGGUGGCGGAGCAACCAGAGGGGGGCGUGGGGGGCCAAAUGCAGGAAGAGGCGGGGACAGAGGCCGUGAGAGAAACCGGCCAAAUUUCCGUGGGGACAGGGGAGGGUUCAGGGGCAGAGGAGGGCCACAUAGGGGCUUCCCUCCUCGCUAGAGCAAAGAGGUAAUGCUCCCCAGACUGAUAGUAGAUAUCCACACCUGCUUGACCCACAAACACACGCUUUUUUUUAAUGCACUCAUUGUAUGAUGUGGUUAGCAUGUGAACGGUGAGAAGUUAGUUAAUGUGAACAUUUGUGUUUUGUUUUUAUCGACAUACUCAAGAUUUAAUGUGAGUUGUCAGAAUAAAUUGUUUUCCACUUUUA